ACUCAGUUUAUGAGCCCACUUGUGUUAUAAGAAUAUAAUUCGCCGCCUUUAUUUUCCUAAUGACUAACAGUUGUCGAGUGUAAUAAUACAAAUAAAAUGAUAAAAAGCGAGGAAGUUAUGGAUUCAAACAGUCACUCGGCCAAUCUUAAUGGCCUGCAUCACUCGUCACAUUUACCUCAUCACAGCAGCAUUUAUCGCAAUCUGCCCUCGAACAUCUUAUCCACACCAAAUUUCACACCUCUCACGUACAGUGAACAAACGUCUAUGCUGCGCAUGGCGCAGGAAUCACCUGAACUGCAAGAGGAGAAGCCUGACCUCAAUUAUUUAGAUCGCAAAUAUUAUGCGACCAUGAUGACUCAACCGUCAGUUCAUGUCUCAGAGGCCGCGUCAUAUGGUCUUACAUCACUGCACACUAUGUGUGCCUCACCGAAUUCAUCAAAUGAAAAUGGCAUUGGCAUGCUGAUGCCGCCAUCACCCAACUCAUCACCACACAAUGAAGGCAUCAAAACGCCGUCGGAUGUUGAGCUGCAGCAUUAUGCGGCUACACAAAAUCGUGUUAUUGCAUCAAAAAUGGUGGACUUGGGACAGCAAAUGAAUCCGCAUUAUACGCCCACCAUAAAAUAUUGCACCAGUAAUACCAUUUUUAAUACUUCAGAGUUUUUGCCACAUAACGACAAUGACCAUCCGCCUCCGCCUUCAGCAAUACCUGUAUCCACGGAUACAGGCUCAAAUGAUCUUUUGACGCAAUCUUUGCAACGUAUACAAAAUGUCGGUAUGCCCUCAGUGUCUAGUGCGUCAGGUGUUAUAACCAGUUCUCAUAGUGUUUCUGGGCAAUUGUGUGCCACAACUGAGACGAUGUCCUAUUCGAAUAGUUCGUCACCGGCUAAGUCGGUGCAUAGUAAUCACAGUGAAGGUGGUGCGUUGGGACAACAGCAAUCCCAACAAACCCAACAACAUAAUCAGCAGCAACAACAACAACAGCAGCAGCAGCAGCAGUCAACUGCAUCAUCAACGCAGGAGCUCGCACCGCCUGAUACGACGAAAAAAUCCGGUGCCAGGCGACCGGAAAAACCCGCGUUAAGUUACAUUAAUAUGAUCGCGAUGGCGAUCAAGGAAUCACCAACGGGGAAACUAACGCUUAGUGAGAUCUAUAGCUUCCUUCAGAAAAGAUUCGAAUUCUUUCGUGGUUCAUAUGUGGGUUGGAAAAACUCUGUGCGCCACAAUCUUAGCCUCAAUGAGUGCUUCAAAAAGUUGCCGAAGGGUAUGAGUGUCGGCAAACCCGGCAAAGGUAAUUACUGGACAAUCGACCAAAACUCCGCAUACAUGUUCGAAGAUGAGGCCAGUUUACGCAGGCGACCGCGUGGUUAUCGAUCGAAACUCAAAGUAAAAUCCUACCCGAACACAAACGGUUUUUAUGCAACAACAUCAUAUGACCCCGGCAUGGACAAUGCCAAUUUCUAUGCCACACAACCGUAUGGCACAUAUGACUACGCCACUAGCAGCGCCGCCGCCACUACACCCUUCACCGAUGCUUGGAAUUCACACGCUGCCCACACGCAAGCCACGCUGCCGCAGUACUCAAACAUAGCCGCUGCCUCUUCGGUGCUGCACAGCAGCAACAACAGUGCCACACCGCCACUGGCGCACUCACUGACCUCGUCUGCGUUGAUGAACGGCUCUGGCAGCCCCUCGCACGUCACUUCGGCGGCUCUUCAAAGCUCAAAUCCUGGCAUGGAUUAUGCGACAGCCACUAUGGUGGCCGCCAAUUAUCCGUAUGCAAGUACGGCAGGUGGUGGUGGGGUCGUAGGAGGAGGUGCUGGCGCCUCUUAUAACCUUGAUAAUGGUUUACGCUCAAUGACUCUCUCGCACAUGCAUCAACAACAACAACAUCAUUCAGCGAUGACGCCGCCACCGCCACCACUACCAUCCAGCUCAACGUCAAUGGGCAGUGCUACACUUAUUGACCGGAAACCCAUCUUUUUGCCCUCCAUGGCACCACCCUCAACGGGUAAUAUGUCCACGCCUCCACUUCAUCACCAACAUUUGGUUGGAAGCACUAACGGCGGUAGUGGCGGCUACUAUGAGCAUAUAAAGUUUUCAAACUAAUGGCUGACUUAGAAAAUUAAAAUAAAUAUUAAUUAUUUACAUAUACAUACAUAUGUAUGUAUUUAGAAUUAGAGUAGAGCUUGUGACAUCACGAAUGGCAAUGCACUAAACAGUCCCUAAAAGGGUAAAUAAUUGCUAGUUGAAUUAUAAUUCCUUUCAUUUUGUUUUGUUUGUUCUUAUGAGUAGAAUUUGAUUUUUUAAGAAA